AUGCCCCCGUCCACAUACACAGUCAAAGCCAGUGCCAGCCGGCUGGCGGCAUUGCGGCCACAGCCGACGACACGACUUUCCCAGCACCUGCAUGCUCGACGACCGCAUCUCCCGGCCGCAGUCGCCCAGUGCCGGAACCUCACAUGCAUCGCCCGCCCUGCUCGGCCGAUCCUUCCGCAGCGCCCUGCAGUCGCGUCAUCGCAGCAGCCAAGCUCCCGCCCACGCCUCUACCACUCCUACGACCACCCCGAGCCCACCGGCUCAUUCAGUCUCGCCGAGCAGGAGAUCCUAUCCGCCGCCUACACGCAUGUUCCCGAGCACGGCUUCUCGCAGGAGGCUUUAGCAUUGGGCGCGAAGGACGCGGGGUAUCUUGAUAUCAGCACCAAUGUUGUCCCCGAGGGCGUUUUCAGCCUGAUCCGAUGGCAUCUAGUAACCCAGAGGAAGGCCCUCGCCGGAAAGGCACAAGAACUCUUUGGGGAUGAAGAGGCGGCCGCGCGAAUUGGCGUCGGCAAGAAGGUAGAGCUCCUGACUUGGGAGCGUCUCCUAGGAAACUCGGUAGUUGUUCGUCGAUGGCAGGAGGCGCUGGCAGUCAUGGCACAACCGAGCUAUGUCCCAGCCUCGGUCAAGGAACUGGCCAUGCUGGCCGAUGAGAUAUGGUUCCUCGCUGGCGACAAGUCUGUUGAUCCUUCAUGGUAUACUAAGCGUGCUUCUCUAUCUGCCAUCUAUGCCUCAACCGAGUUAUUCAUGACGACGGACACCUCAGAAGGUUUCACAGAGACACUACGGUUCCUUCGUCGAAGGUUGGAUGAAGCGCAGGAGAUUGGAGGCACCGUCAAAUCUAUCGGGUCGUGGGUUGGAUUUACAGCCAGCGCAGGCCUCAAUGUUUUGAGAAGUAAGGGUUUACGGAUAUGA